AUGUCGGUGCACAGGGCACUGCUGUGGCUGGUCAUUGUCAUUUGCACCAAGCAGAAGGUUGAAAGUCGAAGCAAAACAUCAUCUCCGGCCGCCCCUUCGAAGGGCAAGGGCGGCAAAGGAAAGGCCGGCAAAGCAACUCUAACGAGCAGUUCGACCAAGAUUGAGCUGCAUCUCAGCGCCACAGAGAGCGCUUCGGAGGUUCUUUACGUGGAAGCUUGGGGGGUUGAAACUUUGCCGUGGUCGCUGCCGCCCAAGACACAUCCACUGGUGCCGUUGGUGUCCUUGUCGCGCGUGCGUGAUCGGCAGCAGAUUUGUGUGGCGGCUGUGGUGGUGGAGAAUCCAGGUAGCUCGGAAAGAUUGACCAGCAACGGGACGGCGUCGGUGUGCAAUGCCACCAUACAAGAAGGGAUGACGAGAGUGCGAUGUGCUUUCUGGAGAGAUAUGGCUGACAAGCUGGCGUCCGUUGCUGUCAAUACGUGCAUUUUGUUGUACCAGGUGCUUGUCUCGAAGAAGCCUGGAGAUACUGCAUCAUGGGAACUCGGCUUGGGUGACAAAGAUGAUUGCCGCAUGUUGACAAACAUUCCGGUCAAAGACUACAAGAACUGCCCUGCUGUUGCAACCUCUCUGGGUUGCCUCAUUGGUGUGAUCGUGCCUGGAUCUCUACGAAAGGUCGACACCGUUUUCGAAGUCAUUGGCUUGCAGGUGAUGGGCAUCACGUCUGUGCGGAGCGAGACGGAUGAGUGGCUGUUGGUGAGUUGCUGUACGUGCAAGCGAGCAACCGAGCGACGCCUCGCUGUUCGCUUGACUUUGGCAGAUUCGAACGCCCAGUGCAGCGUGGUGGUUUACCACGAUGCGCUUUUGUCUACCGCCAAGCAGUUGAGCGUGGCUUUGGGUGAACCUCUGCAGGACACGACCUUUCGUGACAACGAAUACCAAGAGGUGAUGGAACUUGAUCUCCGCUACAUGGAGCCUUGUUUGGUGGCCGGUGGCAACUUUGUUCCUGACUCUUCUGAAAAAACUGCAGCGCAAGGAUGUCCGGUGGUGGCUCUUCGUGAUGUGACAGAGGAAAAGGACCUUGGGAUGUUUGCUUUUGGCCAGAUCGAUGCCAACACGCUACGUGCUUUGGUGGCGUUCAAUGAUGUGAAUCUCGAAGAUGAUGAGGUUUUGCAACAAGACCCCAACACGGCGUCGGCCAUCCGUGUCAAGCGAUCGGUCGAUUGUGUGUUGUCCGAGAACGCGGGGGGGACAGAGGCCGUGCCCCAUCGAGUCAAGCUACGUUGUGCCGGUCCUGCUUCGGCGGUCAACUGGAUGCUCCGAGCCCAGCCUGGUCAAGUCUUUCAAGUCGUGCUUGGUCAGACGGAGAGUCUGGUUGAAUAUUCGGUCUUGUGGCAUGUGCCGGUCGCAGCGGAACGGGUGCCGGCUGCAACGAGCUUUUGGAAGCACAUCAGCAUCACUGAAUCUCAGGAGGACGGUUUCAAGUUUGACAAGGAUUGGAGCACUCCGUUGAAACGCCUUCGUGGCAUGAGAGACGGCUUACCGCAAGAGGAACGUGACAGCGCCGCUUGGCUAGGAGACGCGUUCAUGGCUUCUUGA